AAGCAGAUGUAGUGCAGCGUGCGAGCUGAGCUUGACGGCUCGGCGCUGAUUGCGUUCCAGGGGACGCGCAGGGGACACGCGCAUUUGUCCCCAGUCUAACAGUGCGCAAGAACUUCACGAUGCCAACGGCAAACCGACACCAAGCGGAUAACGACCAUUUGAGGCUUAAUUGACUUAAUGAAUGUUUGUCUUGCAACUACCGAGUAUGGGUGUCAGGAGACGUGUAAAGGCGAACUGUUCUGAGGGGGAGAGAGAGGUUCUGAGCUAAAGUUUACGCCAACGUGAGCUCAGACUUGAAGGCAGUCUCUGCGUUUCAAGUGCCGUUCACUGAAGAGAAGACAGCUGCACCAGGAGCCAUCCUUCAAGGAGAAGAAGAUCCAUCUAAGCAUAUAGGAGCAACUAAAAAAAAAGAAAGACAUCGAGACACAUAUAUACCAUGAGCGAGAACUCAAGCUUGAAGAUGGACACUCCAACAAACAUUUCACUGGUGGGGGAAUCAGUCACAGAGUCAAUAGAAUAUAAAACCAUCUCCGUUUUCCUGGUCUUACUGGUUUGUGGGGUGGGCAUUGUGGGUAAUAUAAUGGUGGUCUUGGUGGUCGUGAAUACACGGCACAUGCGCACACCCACCAAUUGCUACCUGGUGAGUCUGGCUGUAGCUGACCUCACCGUGCUGGUUGCCGCUGGCCUGCCCAACAUCUCCGACAGCCUGGUGGGAUACUGGAUUUAUGGCCAUGCUGGUUGCCUGGGGAUCACCUACUUCCAGUACCUGGGAAUCAACGUGUCUUCGUGCUCCAUCACUGCCUUCACGGUGGAGAGGUACAUCGCGAUCUGCCACCCGAUGAAGGCGCAGACGGUUUGCACCGUGUCCAGAGCAAAGCGGAUCAUCGCCGGGGUCUGGGCGUUUCCAUGCAUCUACUGCAUGCUCUGGUUCUUCCUGGUGGACAUCCAGGAGAACCGGGAGAGGCGUGUGCAGUGUGGCUACCGCGUGUCCCGCGAGCUCUACCUGCCUAUCUACCUCAUCGACUUUGCCAUCUUCUAUGUGUUGCCCCUGUUGCUCGCCAUCGCCCUCUAUGGGCUCAUCGCCCGCAUCCUCUUCCUCAGCCCACUGCCGCACCACGCCAACGCCACCAGCGCCACCGGCACCACGGUGCGUGGGACCUGCAAGGACACGGCAGAGGGCGGGAAGAAGGGCAGCCGCCCUGGACGCCCCAAAAGCUCCUCCUCCUCCAGGAAGCAGGUGACAAAGAUGCUUGCUGUGGUGGUCAUUCUCUUUGCUCUGCUGUGGAUGCCCUACCGCACUCUGGUGCUUGUCAAUUCCUUCGUGGCCACGCCCUACUUGGAUGCUUGGUUCCUCCUUUUCUGCAGGAUCUGCAUCUACGCCAACAGCGCCAUCAACCCUGUGGUCUACAACCUCAUGUCCCAGAAGUUCCGCUCGGCCUUCCGCGGACUCUACCGCUGCCAGGAGCAGGAGGUGCAGCGCCGCACCCUCUCCGUGGUCAACAGCACGGUGCGGGACUCAGCAGACCCAACGCUGGUGGCCGACAUGAAGGACAAGAAGCAGUGUGGGGUGGCCAAUGAGAAUGGGGAGAAGGCAGACAUGCGGGACCAGGAGGUGUCCUUCACAUGCAAAGGUGAUGUGGGGAAAGAUGCCCUCACAAGGGAGGUCAAAGCAACACCACAAUUCACAAAGGUUAGCAAGCAGGAAGAAAUUGGCCAAAGUGUGGUCUAAAAAAACAUGUGGACUAAGGCAGCAACCUUCUGCUCAAACUGAACAUGUGUUCAGCUGCCCAGUAAAAUCAGGGAAGCCUUUGUUGCAUAAGGAAGAAUGGAAGCUGCUCUAUUGUUCACAUUCUUUAUAUUCUGUAAUUCUGUAUUUUCCACCAUGUAAUGUUGGAGCUGUAAUUAAUAAAAUUUUCUUAUUUCUGUGCAUGUGAAUUGAAAAAAAAAAUCCUUAAUAAUCCACCUUAAAGGACAAAAGAAGUAUUCUAAUGAAGCACCAGGACACUGUCCCCCGAAGUGUGUUUGCACACGAUAAGGAACAAUAAAUUCCCACUGGGAAAAAAAUCUGUCAUUUCUCACAUAAGUGAUUUAUGAAUUUGUACAUUAUGAAUUAAUGUUGUUGUCAUUUAAAGAACAAUAAUUUAGCUGUUUGCAAACAUAAAUGCAUGAACAGGCAAAGUUGAUUCAGUUGCAUGGAACAGUCAUAAUGUAUAAAAACACAGAUGGUUGGGACUGGCCUCACUGACUCAUUCAGGCUCGUAUGAGACUGGCCUCACUGACUCAUUCAGGCUCGUAUGAGACUGGCCUCACUGACUCAUUCAGGCUCGUAUGAGACUGGCCUCACUGACUCAUUCAGGCUCGUAUGAGACUGGCCUCAAACCUGCACUAUGGGGAUCCAUCCAGUCAUUAUCGUAAUUGCUUUAGAUUCUUGUUAAAUAUAUUUUGGAUUAUAUAUUUAAAUAUAUUUUGAAUCAGUACUGGCAAGAAACUUCUAAACAAAUGUUAGAUGUUGUGAAGACCAUCUUUUUCUGUACAAUGGAUAUUUGUUAAUAUGGUGUCUUAUUUCCUGGAUGUUAUUCUGUACAUGAAUAUCAACAUACUGUAGGAUUUUAAUAGCUGUGCAUUAAUUCAUUCUUACUCCUCGAUCACACUUAAUUGUGUGGGAACUAUCACGUCAUCCAGUCACUUAAUUACCAUUGCCUCAUCGCAUUAUCACUCAAAGUACCUUUGAAUCCAUCUCAUCUGCUGUUGCACAUUUGGUGAUACGUGGAACCCAUGUCAUUUGGGUUCCGCCGAGUUUCAAACACCGAUGAGAACACAGCUCAAGUGUGACGGCAGCACACAGCCCAUCAGCCAUGACAGCUACAUCUUUGCAAGGAAGUGCCACGUUAUAAGCCAAUCCAGUCAUCCAUCCAUACAUCUGCUGAAAUGCCUCUUUAUGACUCAGUAGCUAUUCUGAAACCAUACUUUAAGCUGUUUCUGUCUGCCUUUUGUUUGACAUGUUUACUUUGCCUUCUCUGACCUUUUCCCUUCACCUCUUCCUCCACGCAGUUCGGUCUCUGAGGGCGAGCUCCUUGUUGUGAUUCAGCCUCCCUGCUCUGUUGUGGUUGUGACUCUCCAGCGGACCCCUGUACUUUGUCACUAUGGAUGACAGGUAGCUAACAUUGGUGUCUUUGCCACUAGUAUGUUUAUCUUGAGCAUAUGCUUAAGGUGGUUUGCAGAUGCACUUGUAUGUGACAAUAAGAAGUCUGUUUUCUUUUACGUGAUGCAUGCAAUAUUGACUGUACUAUUUAUCAUAUACUGCAAGAUUUUGCAUUGUUAAAAUUUGGUUAUAUACAUAUUAUAUUCUUUGUGUUUCAUCUUGAACAGUUGAAAAUGUUAAUAUAGUCAGCUUUGUACAUCUGAAGAUGAUUUUAUUCGCUUGGAUUUGUGAGCAGGGGUUUUGUCUCAGCACAAAGGAUUCUUGAGGGAAGGGAUGCAAUGGAUUCAGCUGUUAAAUGUGCACUGUGCUAAUUGAGAAAUCGGCUUAAUGCAGAUGAGGCGGAAACUCCUUCGGAGCCCUGCGUACUGUACAUCUGCAGCCACUUACAAGAAGUGCAGGAACAGAACAGCCUCUUUUUGAGGUUGCACUUAAAUGGCUGAGAGGUAAAACUGUCAGGAGAAACCUCCGGAAUAUAACGGCAAUCUGAAAGGUUCUGUGUUAAGAUAAUUUCAGGAUGGGUGAACCAUAACGUUUAAAAAUAA